GCUUUUACAAUGGGAGCUGCAGAAGCGUAGGGAAGAAGCUGAAGAAAAAAAAGGGGGCGUCUCCCCUUUAAAGACUUGCAAAGAUUGAGAAAGAGAGAGAGUCAAGAACAGAGAAUCAGAGAGAGAGAGAGUCUGUCUCUGGGAAAGGAGAACAUCUCUGCUUCACAGUGAUUUGCACUGGGGGAGAGGCAUCAGUUGGCUUCAGACCCAAGGGGGAGACCAGACCAGGUCACCCCGGUUAAGGCUGUGAGCGUUGCCCCUCCCUCUCCCGGGAAUGUCUCGGCGAAAGCAGCGGAAACCCCAACAGUUAAUCUCGGACUGCGAAGGUCCCAGCGCGUCUGAGAACGGUGAUGCUAACGAGGAGGAUCACCCCCAAGUCUGUGCCAAGUGCUGUGCACAGUUCACUGACCCAGCUGAAUUCCUCGCCCACCAGAACGCAUGUUCUACUGACCCUCCUGUAAUGGUGAUCAUCGGGGGCCAGGAGAACCCCAACAACUCUUCAGCCUCUUCUGAGCCGCGGCCUGAGGGUCACAAUAGUCCCCAGGUCAUGGACACAGAGCACAGCAACCCCACAGAGUCCGGGUCUUCCGUGCCCACAGAUCCCACCUGGGGCCCAGAGCGGAGAGGAGAGGAGUCUUCUGGGCAUUUCCUGGUCGCUGCCACAGGUACAGCGGCUGCGGGAGGCGGGGGCCUGAUCUUGGCCAGUCCCAAGCUGGGAGCAACCCCGUUACCUCCAGAAUCCACCCCUGCACCCCCUCCUCCUCCACCUCCCCCUCCGCCCCCGGGUGUAAGCGGUGGCCACUUGAAUAUCCCCCUGAUCUUGGAAGAGCUACGGGUGUUGCAGCAGCGGCAGAUCCAUCAGAUGCAGAUGACUGAGCAAAUCUGCAGGCAGGUACUGCUGCUUGGCUCCCUAGGCCAGACGGUGGGUGCCCCUGCCAGCCCCUCAGAGCUACCGGGGGCAGGGACUGCCUCUUCCACCAAGCCCCUGCUGCCCCUCUUCAGCCCCAUCAAGCCUGUCCAAACCGGCAAGACACUGGCAUCUUCUUCCUCCUCCUCCUCCUCCUCCUCCUCUUCCUCCACAGGGGCAGAAACGCCCAAGCAAGCUUUCUUCCACCUUUAUCACCCGCUGGGGUCACAGCAUCCUUUCUCUGCUGGAGGGGUUGGGCGAAGCCACAAACCGACCCCUGCCCCCUCCCCAGCCCUGCCAGGCAGCACAGAUCAGCUGAUUGCCUCGCCUCAUCUGGCAUUCCCAAGUACCACAGGACUACUGGCAGCACAGUGUCUUGGGGCAGCCCGAGGCCUUGAGGCGGCUGCCUCCCCAGGGCUCCUGAAGCAGGCAGCCACACCAGGUGGAGGUGUUGAACGCAAGCCUCUGGUGGCAUCUACCACAGCACUCAGUGCCACAGAGAGCCUGACCCUGCUCUCCACCGGAGCAGGCACAGCUGCGGCUCCGGGGCUGCCUGCUUUCAAUAAGUUUGUGCUCAUGAAAGCAGUGGAACCCAAGAGUAAAGCUGAUGAAAACACCCCCCCAGGGAAUGAGGGCUCGACCAUCAGUGGGGUGGCAGAAAGUGGCACAGCAACCCGCAUGCAACUAAGUAAGCUGGUGACUUCGCUACCAAGCUGGGCACUGCUCACCAACCACUUCAAGUCCACUGGCAGCUUCCCCUUCCCCUAUGUGCUGGAGCCCUUGGGGGCCUCACCCUCUGAGACAUCAAAGCUGCAGCAACUGGUAGAAAAGAUUGACCGACAGGGAGCUGUGGCAGUGACCUCAACUGCCUCGGGAGCGCCCACCACCUCUGCCCCUGCACCUUCGUCCUCAGCCUCUUCUGGACCUAACCAGUGCGUCAUCUGCCUCCGGGUGCUUAGCUGUCCUCGCGCCCUACGCCUGCAUUAUGGCCAACAUGGCGGUGAGCGGCCUUUCAAAUGCAAAGUGUGUGGCAGAGCUUUCUCUACCCGAGGCAAUCUUCGUGCACAUUUCGUGGGCCACAAGGCCAGUCCAGCUGCCCGGGCCCAGAACUCCUGCCCCAUCUGCCAGAAAAAGUUCACCAACGCUGUCACUCUGCAGCAGCACGUUCGGAUGCACCUGGGGGGCCAGAUCCCCAAUGGUGGUACCACACUCCCUGAAGGUGGAGGAGCUGCCCAGGAGAAUGCCUCUGAGCAGUCUAUGGUCUCUGGGGCAGGUAGCUUCCCCCAGCAGCAGACCCAGCAGCCAUCACCAGAAGAGGAGUUGUCUGAGGAGGAGGAUGAGGAGGAAGAGGAAGAGGAAGACGUGACUGACGAAGAUUCCCUGGCAGGGAGAGGUUCAGAGAGUGGAGGUGAGAAGGCAAUAUCAGUGAGAGGUGAUUCGGAAGAGGCCUCUGGUGCAGAGGAGGAAGUGGGGACAGUGGUGGCAGCGGCAUCUGCUGGAAAAGAGAUGGACAGUAAUGAGAAAGCAACUCAACAGUCUUAUCUGCCGCCCCCACCCCCACCCCCACCCCCUCCUGACAGCCUGGAUCAGCCUCAGCUGAUGGAGCAGGGAAGCAGUGAUGUUGCAGGAGCCAAGGAAGAGGGAGGCAAACUGGAGAGGAGCUUAAGCCCAGUGUCAGCAAUCACCCCAGAAGGGGAAGGCACCAGCACCACCUUGGUAGAGGAGCUGAGCCUGCAGGAAGCAAUGAGAAAGGAGCCAGGAGACAGCAGCAGCAGCAGAAAGGCCUGUGAGGUGUGUGGCCAGACCUUUCCCACUCAGACAGCACUGGAGGAGCAUCAGAAGACCCACCCCAAGGAGGGGCCGCUCUUCUCUUGUGUCUUCUGCAGGCAGGGCUUUCUUGAGCGGGCUACCCUCAAGAAGCAUAUGUUGCUGGCUCACCACCAGGUACAGCCCUUUGCUCCGCAUGGUCCUCAGAAUAUUGCUGCUCUUUCCUUGGUCCCUGGCUGUUCACCUUCCAUCCCUUCCCCGGGGCUUUCCCCCUUUCCCCGAAAAGAUGACCCCACGAUUCCAUGAGCCUGUUUUUCUGUACCUGCUGCCCUUUGACCCAGGGAGCAGAAACUGAGAGCUCCACAGAAGGACGUCCAAGAUUUAUGAGCCCUUCUCUUGUCUUUUCCUCUGACUUCUUACAUAUGUCCCGAGUGGCUUUUCUGUAGUCCCUGAGCUUGGGAUUGUGCUUACAAGGGGAUGGUCCCCUAAGGAAUUUUUCUCCCCUCUUCAUUGUACCUAAGGAAAAUAGAUUCUCCACAGCUUUCACAUUCUCCAGGGGACCCCUCUCCAGCUUCCCUCGGGUGACCCUUCUUCCCUCCCCUCUUUCCUUCUUCCUUUCCCUUUGGGAGGUGCAUCUGAGCACCCACAUUUGAAAUUGCAGCCCAGCCCAAAGGGGCUGGCAGCUGUCUCUGGAGGGCCAGUGCCACUCCUCUGGUGACCAGGUCAGCCUGCAGGACUUUUUGUCCCAGGACCUUCCUGCUCAGCUGGUGGGGGUGGGUCCCUGAUCUUUCUGAAGCCUGUACCUGGCUUUCUUGUCAAGUGGCCUGUGCAUGAAGUCCUGGAGUUCCAGCCCCAGCUCCACUACCACUUCAGGACUGGCCACACCAGUGCUGUUUGGCCCAGGAACUGUGUGACUGGGAAGGUGCCUCUAACAAUGGAAUCCAGGGAGGCCAAGGAGAAGACAGUGCCCCUCCACCUGUUUCAGCGUCC